CUCACAAAGAUUAAUUUCUGAAUUUAUAAGAUGGUCGAGUUCAAAGUAUCAGCUCCGGGAAAAGUGAUUCUAUUUGGGGAGCAUGCGGUGGUUUAUGGAAAGACUGCUGUGGCUGCAAGUUUAGCUCUUCGAACGAAUUUGGACUUUAAAGAACUGCCUUUAGGGACAGAUUACAUCAGCAUAUCAAUGCCAAAAAUAAGUCUAACGCAGCAGAUUCCGUUGCAACACAUUAUAGAUUUCUUCUUCGGUCAGUCCUCUCCAAAAUCGUCUGCUGGUCAUGAUGAAUUCCACAAACAUGUGCAGAAAUUCGUCGAAGAGAUUGGAUUUAUUAGUCUGCCUCAAAAACAAGCUUUAGAAGCUUUCUUCUAUUUAUUGAUCAACAUUUCUCAGGUGGAAUCGAUAACGAUUAAACCCAUCCACAUACAUUUGGAUACUGCUUUGUCAAUCAGUUCAGGUCUUGGUAGUUCCGCUUCCUUCGCAGUUUGCCUUGCAACUUGUUUUUAUCACUGGUCUCGUGUACAGAGAAAUGUUGGAAUCUCUUUGGACGAAGCUCAGUUGAGAGAAAUAUCUUCUUAUGCGUUAGAUUGUGAGAGAAUCAUGCAUGGUACUCCCUCAGGAAUUGAUAAUACGAUUUGCACUUUCGGGUCCAUAAUUGAAUACAGAAAGGGCGAUCUUCUAGUUCCGAUUUAUGGUGUUAAGAUCAUGAGAGUUUUGCUCGUCGACACAAGGGUUCCGAGAAGUACCAAAGCUUUGGUGGAAAGUCUUGCACAACUGAGGUCUAAAUAUCCGAAGAUUUUUGAUCCAGUUCUGGAAUCUAUAGACAGCGUCUCAAUCGAAGCUUUGUCAAUCAUAAGAAGAAUUCAGGAACUUCCUGAGGCUCAUGACGAGUUGCUGAGUGAAGCUUAUAAUGAGUUGAUGACCCUAAUGAAAGUUAAUCAAGGAUUACUGGACACGUGUCACUUAUCUCAUCCUUCUUUGGACGCGAUUUGUGCAGAGGCUAAAAAUUAUGGGCUAGCAGCAAAACUUACGGGAGCUGGUGGAGGAGGUUACGCUUACAUCUUACUUCUUCCAACUACUCCAAACGAAGUUAUCAGUAGUCUUUCUCGAAAGUUAAUCGCAAAUGGAUAUCUUGUUACAUUAACGAACUUGGGUGGUUCUGGGGUAGAAAUUUAUUCUUAAAGAUUUUGGUUCUGUUUUUUUUACACAUUUUCUCUUAAUAAUUUAUUGAAUUAGCUUAUAGAGCUUUGCUCUUUUUAUAAUGUUUCUCGAAUUUUGUAUUUAAAUACUUCUUACUGCCUAAUAUGUCAGUAUCUAUGUGUUCAAGAAGGGAUCUGUGACGGUGCAUUUAAGUUAUACAUUUUGAUACUACAAUGUUAAUGUUUAAAUAAAAAAAGGACAUUUUGGAUUUUAA